AGUACCGAGGUGAGUGGGCGGCGACGACUUGGGGCUCGGUUCCGUCCGCUGCAUUUCUCCUUCCGGACCCCGCCGCUUCCUCCCGGCGGGCUGGGAGUGGUGGGAGGCUUGGCGCAUAGUGUGCUCGCCCACCUUCCUCUCCCGCGCCCUUCGGGGAGCGCGGCCUCCCCGACCCCCGCGGAGCCGCCGGGUAGAGCGCCUGGAGGAAGGUGCUCUCCGCGCAGUGGGCUGCGGGCUGCUUCCGAGUCGGGAUCUCGAGCUGCGCCGGAGGUCCGGGGAGCUGAGUUCCAGUCGUGUGCCGCUGUUUGAAACAUCCAGAAGGAGCCCAGACGCAGUCUGGAGAUAAAAAACCAAGAGUUAACAGAAAGACAUUUACCGUUUGUGAUCUUCUGCAAUGGGUGAGCCACAGCAAGUGAGUGCCCUUCCGCCACCUCCGAUGCAGUACAUCAAGGAAUACACAGAUGAAAACAUUCAGGAAGGCCUCGCUCCCAAGCCUCCACCUCCAAUAAAAGACAGUUACAUGAUGUUUGGCAACCAGUUCCAAUGUGAUGAUCUUAUCAUCCGCCCUUUGGAAAGUCAGGGUAUCGAACGGCUUCAUCCUAUGCAGUUUGAUCACAAGAAAGAACUGAGAAAACUCAAUAUGUCUAUCCUUAUUAAUUUCUUAGAUCUCUUAGAUAUCUUGAUAAGGAGUCCUGGGAGUAUAAAACGGGAAGAGAAGCUAGAAGAUCUUAAGCUGCUUUUUGUGCAUGUACAUCAUCUCAUAAAUGAAUACCGGCCCCACCAAGCCAGAGAGACCCUGAGAGUCAUGAUGGAGGUGCAGAAGCGGCAACGCCUUGAGACAGCAGAGAGGUUUCAGAAGCAUCUGGAACGAGUCAUUGAGAUGAUUCAGAAUUGCUUGGCUUCUUUGCCUGAUGACUUGCCCCAUUCAGAAGCAGGGAUGAGAGUAAAAGCUGAACCAAUGGACGCUGAUGAUAGCAACAAUUGUACUGGACAGAGUGACCAACAAAGAGAAAAUUCAGGUCAUAGGAGAGACCAGAUUAUAGAGAAAGAUGCUGCCUUGUGUGUCCUCAUUGAUGAAAUGAAUGAAAGACCGUGAAAGAUGUUUCUUUUCCUUGCUGAUUUUUUCCUUUCAGUAAAUAGCAUAUAUAUUAGUUAAUUCACUUUUAGAGAAUUCUUUGAAGAGAUACAACUAGUAGAAGGCACGCGAACAGCUUGACUCUCCAGCUUUAUCAGUUGUGGGACGUCACAGGCAGUAUUUUCGUCUGUGGCAAGCAUAGCUAGAUUCCUACUUAGCUUAAAUGUAGUGCCCCAGUGAGAGUAAUCACCGUGAAGGGCAGUGUUCGCUGCUAUUGGGUGGAACGUCCCUGUUUUCAGAGGUGCAGUGAGCUGGAAGAUAUCCUCAGUAAUUGCAAGCUUUCGUCCUUGGAAAGUAGAUUUGUCAUUUGCUUUAAGAGUGAUAAAUAAUAAAGGAUAUCAAACUAUGUAAAUGUGAA